UUACGAAAACCCUAAUCUCAAGCGAGUCAACUCCUUUGUCCUUCUUCACAAAGCAAGCCACAAGCCAAGCUUUUGGAUCCAAAAGAGGGGAAGUGGAGAAGAACAAAAUGGGGAGAUCUCGGCUCUCAUGGAUUAGAUUCUCUCGAACCCUAGCUUGCCUUCAAAUAGUGCUUGGGUUCUUCGUCAUCCUCGCUAGCCUCGCUAGCCUCCACCGCUUCUACUCUACUGGCCUCCUUGACCCCUCCCAUAAUUUCCUAACCAUUGAGCAAAGCUACGCAGAUUUUGACCUCAAAUCCCUUUCUGAUCGCUUUGAUGAGGUUUUAACCCGUCUCUCCGAUCUCCAAGACAAGCUCGAAUCCACCAUAGAUUCCAUUAACAAGAACAAGAGUUACACUGGACAAAUUGUACCCAAAUCUGAAUUCAAAAGGUUUCUCGAAGAAGAAGUAGUCCAACCUCUCUAUUCUGCUCACAUUGCCCUAAGGCUUAUUCGAAUCCCCCAACCCGACUCAAAUUCUGAACCCGGAUCGCCAAUUGAGGACCCUUUGAUAAAUUUCUUCACAGUUGAAGAAACACGGAAGUAUAUAACCUCGAAAAGGAAUAGGGAUGGAAAGGUCAGUAUUUAUGGAAGUAAUAAGACUUACAAUACGAUUGGCCAUGCUUGUGUUCUAAUGAGGAAGGAGCUUGAGCAGUAUAUGGAUUAUGAUGUUGGAUCCUAUUGCAAGGAUGAUUGGAAUUUGGCCCAAAAGCUAAUAUUGGGUGGGUGUGAUCCACUGCCUAGAAGGAGAUGUUUGACUCGAGCAUCUAGAGUGUAUCAAAAGCCACUUCCGAUAAAUGAAUCUCUUUGGCAAUUACCAGAUGAUAGAAAUGUGCGGUGGAACAAUUAUCGGUGCAGGAACUUCAAAUGUCUUGAGAGAAAGAAUCCACAAAAGGGAUUUACCAUGUGUUCAGGAUGCUUUGAAAUGUUAAAAGAGAAGGUAAAAUGGGUCACAAACUCAUCGCUAGCUGAUUUCCUCAUUGCCGAUGUGCUCUCUGUGAAGCCUGGAGAGAUCAGGAUAGGAGUUGAUGUCAGCAUAGGGACAGGGAGCUUUGCAGCUAGGAUGAGGGAGUGGAAUGUCACCAUUAUAUCAACAGCACUUAAUAUUGGAGCUCCUUUCAGCGAGACAAUUGCAUUAAGGGGCUUAAUUCCUUUGUAUGUGUCACUAAGCCAGAGGUUACCAUUCUUUGACAACACAAUGGAUUUGAUCCACACGACUGUAUUCUUUGAUGGAUGGGUAGACUUGCAGCUGUUGGAUUUUGUCCUAUUUGAUUGGGACCGGGUGCUGAGACCAGGAGGAUUACUUUGGAUUGAUAGGUUCUUUUGUAGUAGGAAGGAUUUGGAUGAUUACAUGUAUAUGUUCUUGCAAUUUAGAUACAGAAAGCACAAGUGGGUGGUGACAUUCAAAUCCAAGGAGGAGGUAUAUCUCUCUGCUUUGUUGGAGAAACCACCAAGGUCGCUGUAAAUGGCUUGAGAUCUUCAUAUUGCUCGACUAUGUGCUUGUGUAAGACUAUCUUGUGCUCGAAUGCAUGGCUACUCUUGAGAAAAUCUCCUUGAUGGUGGAAAAAGAACCAUAUCCUUGAAAUAGAUUUGUAUUGAAUUUUCUUUAAACCUUUAAUACUUAUUAUUUCCUGUAAGGUCAAGGAGGGUGAGUGCUUCUGUAUCUUGUCUGGAUUCCUUCUUUAGUUAAAGCUGUUGUAUACAUAUCAAUUCAGUGUAUCCAAGCAAUCAAAUGGAAUCACACCAUGAUUUCCUCCGGUGUAUUACCUUUGAGUUUCUA